AAAAACCUAGAUAAAAUAGCUUAAUGACGAAGUGUGAGAAAAUUAAAACAGCACAAUAUUUUUCCUCAGGUGUAAGCUUAGCGCUGUUAGCUUAGCAUUAGCUCAGUGUUCGUGUGAAGAAUAAAGUUAACGUUAUAUGUAAAUUUCAUAUAAAUAAGCCAACUUGUUGUUGAAAUUGUUUUGUUAAAAUAAUGCACAUAUUUCUGGUCAGGUGUUAAAAGUGUAUCCCCGCAUUAUAUUAGCAUUAGAAGUAACGUUAAGUAACUUACAUGUAAAUAUUAUGUAAAUAAGCCAAUUUUAAAUAGUUUGUUGUUGGAAAAAUUCAAUAAAAAAGCCUAGCGAUUAAAAAAAACCUUGCAAGAUUAAAACUGCACAUAUUUCUCGUCUAGAGUUCAAUGAAUGUGUAUUCCCACCAUUAGUUUAGCAUCAGCAUGAAGAAUGUAAAUAUUAUAUAACGUUAAAUAAGCCAACUUUAAAUAGUUUGCUAUUGGAAAAACUUAAUUAAAAUAGCCUAGGGGUGAGACAAGGUCUGGAAAGAUUAAAACAGCGGAAUAUUUCCAGUCCUGGGAUAUGAAUGAUGCUGCAGUGGUGUUUAGAGAGCUGGGCUGUGGAGAAGCUGUAGAUGCACUGGGCAAAUCUCAUUUUGGAUCAGGACCAAUCUGGAUGGAUGAUGUGGACUGUAGUGGAUCAGAGUCUAGACUGAAGAACCGUAGAUCACCAGUAUGGGGUAAACAUGACUGCAAUGAAACCCACAAUUCUGGAGUCAUCUGUUCAGGAGCCAGGCUGGUUUUAGGUUCUCGCUGCUCUGGGAGAGUGGAGGUUCUUCAUGGAGAGAGCUGGGCCACAGUGUGUGAUGCUGACUUUGACCAGCAGGAUGCAGAGGUUGUGUGUCGAGAGCUGGGCUGUGGUUCUCCUGUGGAGGUUCUGGGAGCAGCUGCUUUUGGUAAAGGGAAGGGUCAGGUGUGGUCAGAGGAGCUUCAGUGUAGAGGAGAUGAAUCUGAGAUUACUCUCUGUCCAAUAACCUCUUCACACAAAUACAACUGCUCUCAUGGUCACACUCAGGCUCGGCUGAUGAACGGCUCAGAUUCCUGUUCUGGUCGAGUGGAGCUCCAGUACCUCAGUGAGUGGGGUACAGUGUGUGAUGUAAGCUGGGAUAUGAGAGCUGCCAGUGUCCUCUGUGCUCAGCUGAAGUGUGGGAGUGCUGUGGCUGUGUUGGGGUCAGACUGGUUUGGGGAGGGGAGUGGCCGGAUCUGGGCGGAUGUGUUUGAUUGUCAGGGGAACGAAACACACCUGUUAAAGUGUCCCAUUUCAUCAUGGAGUCGAACUGCAUGCUCUCAUAAACAGGAUGUUGGACUCAUCUGCAGUGGUUCUUCUCUGGCGUCUCAUGAGGGUGUAGUGAGAUUGUCUGGAGGGAUGGAGUGUGAGGGGGAGGUGGAGGUGUUCUUCAGGCAGGACUGGAGGAGAGUUCUGCUGGACUCCUGGAGUGAGUCUGAGGCCUCUGUGGUCUGCAGACAACUGGGCUGUGGUUCUGUACUCAACACCUCCAGCUACUCUUCAUCCAGUCCUGAACACAGCUACAUGUGUGUGACGGGUUUCAACUGCUCUGGGAGUGAAGCUCAUCUGAGGAACUGCAGCAGCUCACAAGCAGUUAACUGCAGCUCCACAGUACAGCUCUACAUCACCUGCUCUGGCUACAGCUUCAUCAGGCUGGUUGGUUCUGGGGGAGACUGUGCUGGAAGGCUGGAGGUUUUCCACAGUGGAUCAUGGGGGACAGUGAGUGAUGAAUUGUGGGAUAUUGAGGAUGCGCAGGUGGUCUGCAGACAGCUGCAGUGUGGAGUCGCCCUCAGUGCUCCAGUACCAGUACCAGCCCGGUUUGGAUCUGGAACUGGACCCAUAUGGCUGAAUGAGGUGGAGUGUGAGGGGAACGAGGCGUCUCUGUGGAACUGCAGAUAUCAGCUGUGUGGAGAGGAUGAAUGUGGACACAAGGAUGAUGUAGGAGUCGUGUGCUCAGAGUAUAAAGAGAUCAGACUGACUGAGGGCUGUGAGGGGAAUCUGGAGGUGUUCUAUAAUGGAACCUGGGGGAAUGUGUGUAACAAUGGGAUGGAUGUAGAAACAAUUGGUCUCAUCUGUCGGGAGCUGAACUGUGGAAGAUUUAAGACUGAGAGAGCUACCAAAGCACGAGUGGAAUCAGCUCCUAACUGGCUGGAUGAUGUAAAAUGUAGGAAACAUGACUCUACUCUGUUUCACUGUCCAUCUUCAUCCUGGAGUCAGAACAAUUGUGAUAGAAGCAGUGAGGUGACUCACAUUACCUGCUCCGGAGAGAAGAAACAGCUUGCAUUUGAAAACCUUCAAAAAUUCUUCUUAUUUCCAAACCAGGGUCAGUGCUCAAAUUACAUGCCUAUUAGGUUGAGAGGAGGAGGGGAAAUCUGUUCUGGGAGGUUGGAGGUGUAUCAUAAUGCUGAGUGGGGGUCUAUAUGUGCUGAUCUGUGGGACAUCAGGGAUGCUCAGGUGGUCUGCAGGCAGCUGGGUUGUGGGCCGGCGCUGAGUGCUAAUAGAAGAGCUGCUGAUGGUUCUGGUGGAGGAACUAUCUGGAUGAACAGAGUGAAGUGUAGAGGGAAUGAGAUUCACCUGUGGGACUGUCCUCAUUCCCUGAAGAUCCACACUGGCUGCUCCCACAGUGCUGGAGUCACCUGUGCAGACAUAUUUGUCACAUUACCUUUUUCAUCUGAAACAACUACAACUUACACCACAGUACCAGCACAGCUAACAGAGAAAAAGACAGUCCCUCCUUCAAAAAAUCCAUCAUCUAUUUUUCCAUACAUCUAUCCAGUGUCUCUCCUGGUUCUGGGAUCUGUGCUCUUCCUGGCCUUAAUGCUUCUGGUUGUGCUGUUUUAUCAGAACAGAGUGCUCAGGAGAGUGAUUUCUAAGGCGAGGAGGAAGACUCUGCUUGAGGCAGUCUAUGAAGAGAUUAACCAUAAAUGUGUCACUAACAGGUAUACUAAAAGAGGAAGUUUUAUCUCUGAAGAUCAGCAUUCAGGAUAUGAGGACGUAGAUGAGGAGCUUCUCUCAGAAAACUAUGGCGAGGUCUAUGAUGAUAUCAUACCUGCUGAAGAGAGCCCACACAUUACAACAGACAGUGUGAGGUUGGUGGAUGGUGGGAGCCGCUGUGCUGGGAGAGUGGAAGUUCUUCAUAGAGGACAUUGGGGAACAGUGUGUGAUGAUUACUGGGAUAUGAGAGAUGCUGCAGUGGUGUGUAGAGAGCUGGGCUGUGGGGAAGCCAUAGAUGCACCACGGAGAGUUCGCUUUGGAUCAGGAUCAGGACCGAUCUGGGUGGAAUAUGCUAACUGUGCUGGAUCAGAGUCUUCACUGAAGAACUGUAGGUCGUAUGAUUGGGGUAGACAGAGAUGUAAUCAUGAUGAAGACGCUGGUGCUGUUUGUGCAGACAGUGUGAGGUUGGUGGAUGGUGGCCAUCGCUGUGCUGGGAGAGUGGAGGUUUUUUAUAACAGAACAUGGAGAUCAGUGUGUGGUAAAAACUGGGAUAUAAGAGAUGCUGCAGUGGUGUGUAGAGAGCUGGGCUGUGGGGAGGGUGUAUUUAAAAAUGUUCAGUUUGGACCAAGAUCAGCCUGGAUGGAUGAUGUGAACUGUAGUGGAUCAGAGUCUUCAGUGAAGCACUGUAGAUCAGCUGGAUGGGUGGAACAAAUUUGUAAUCGACUUGCUGGAGUCAUCUGUUCAGGGGUCAGAUUGGUGGGCAGAUCUCGCUGCUCUGGGAGAGUGGAGGUUCUUCAUGGAGAGAGCUGGGUCACAGUGUGUGAUGCUGACUUUGACCAGCAGGGUGCAGAGGUUGUGUGUCGAGAGCUGGGCUGUGGUUCUCCUGUGGAGGUUCUGGGAGCAGCUGCUUUUGGUAGAGGGGAGGGUCAGGUGUGUUUAGAGGAGCUUCAGUGUAGAGGAAACGAAUCUCAGAUUCACUUCUGUCCAAAAUCAUCUUCACUCAAACACAACUGCUCCCAUGAUAAUGAUGUGGGACUGGCAUGUUCUGGUGACAAGCGAAGACUUGUUGGUGGUCCUCACGCAUGCUCUGGGAGAGUAGAGAAGCUUCAUCGGAAUUCUUGGCUUCCAGUGUGUGAUGCUGGCUUUAACCAGCAGGAUGCAGAGGUUGUGUGCAGCUGGGAGUUGGGCUGUGGUUCUCCUGUGGAGGUUCUGGGAGCAGCUGCUUUUGGUAGAGCAGAGGGUCAGAUGUGGUCAGAGGAGCUUCAGUGUAAAGGAAUGAAUCUCCUAUGUACCUCUGCCAGACAUCUCCUUCCUUGAAACCCAACUGCUCUCACAACAAGGAUGUGGGACUAAGAUGCUCUGGUCACACUCAGGCUCGGCUGAUGAACGGCUCAGAUUCCUGUUCUGGUCGAGUGGAGCUCCAGUACCUCAGUGAGUGGGGUACAGUGUGUGAUGUAAGCUGGGAUAUG